AUGGCUGAGAUAUUAAAAGAUUGGCUUUCACAAACCUUGGAAAGACCAGUUACAUGGGAAGCAGAAGAAUUUGGGAAUAUGAUGAAGAAUGGACAUGUUAUUGCAACAGUCUUAAGAUCUUACCACGUUAUCAACGACGAAAAACAUUAUAUAAUUAGAGCUAGCAACGAAGAGGCUGAUAUAAAAAAUAAUUGGAAAUAUUUGAGAGAAUGGUUAAAAGAAGUCGAAGUAAAUUUAACCGAUGAUGAUCUGAAUAAUGUUAUGAUGGGAAAAGGUUCAUCAUUACUACGCUUAUUUUACCAACUUUUUCUUCAUUUAGAUAAGCGCGACCGUAUUAACUUUAUUAAACGAGAGAGAAAAAUGGUAUCAAGUUUGGUAGAAAAAUUAGAAAAUCGAUUUACUGUUAACAAAGUUACUGAAGAACGCGAACCAUUUAUUGAUUAUCUAUCAAAACCUCUACUAGACGAAAGGCAAUUCAUAGAAUGGCAAAAACGAAAAACAAAAGAGAUUAAAGAAUCGUUUGAUUAUCUUCAUCACAAGUAUUCAAAAAUAAUUGGCAAGAUAGAAGAAUCUAAAUUUCAGAAGCCGUUUGUAAAAAAGGGCUCUCAUCGAAUUCUAGAAAAGAAUGAAGAUAUAGAUAAAUUUGAACGGCAACAUCCUUGUAAAUAUCACAAUUACACAUAUGAGGAAUUAAUGGCACUUGAAGAAAAAGCUUUGCAGCGAAAGAAGUCUCUCGUUGAUUCUGAUUGGGCAAAUGAAUAUAUGAGUAAUUUGUUUCAAAAAAUGCGAAAAAGAUCUGAUUCUGAAGAAUUCCAAAGACAAAUUUCAAGCGCUUUAAGUAAUUCCUUAUGGAAUGCAUGCGUUGAUGAAGAAGAAAGUAAAGCGGAUAUGGAAUUAGCCAAAAAGGUGAUGAAGUUGUCACAAUUUGAGAAGCAAAUGUGUACACAAAUUAUGGAAACGAAACAACAGGCGCGGAAUUUAGUUAAGAACAGAAUACAAGGUGAAAUUGAGUAUACUGAACAAAGAGAGCAACAAUUAAACAUAUUUUUCGACAAUCUCAAAGAUAAAAUAGAUUCAGGUAAUGUAGAGAUUGAUUUUGAACAAAAGAGACAAAAUCAGUUGCACAAAAGAUUGUUUGCCGAAAAAAUGAAGCGAAAAAGACAAAUUUACUACGACAUAUGUUAUGAAACUCUUUUAGCUUUAAUUGAUUAUGCGGUCAAAUUCGGGUAUUUCAAAAAGCUGAUGGAAGAUGAUGUACCCCAGCAUUUCAUUUACGAAUGGAAAUGUUUAUUUUUUAAGCAACAACCUAUUUUUGAAGUACUCACUCCGACAGAAGAUAUAUUAAAAUUAAGAGAUGCCGAAGAAUCGUCCUCUUUUACUUAUGAAGAAGUUGUAUAUUUAGAACGUGACAGACAACAAGUGUUGAAUGAUUGCGAAUUUAAAGAAUAUCUUCAUUACUUAUAUCCGUGGAAUUUAGAUGUUUUAAUACCAAAUUAUGACCCUGAAUCUGAGGAGAGAACAGCGGAGAGCUUAGGACUUAAUAUAUUAGGUCAUGCUGUUUUUACAUUAUUAGAAGUGAAGUAUCCAUAUCCCUCGAAAAGACUACCAGCUGACUUACCAGAUUACACAUCGAAAGUUCUCUUACGUAGUUUACCAGACAAGUCUUUGAGCAACAUCUUAGAAACUCUGUUAAAUUCGCAGAAGAUAAGUGUUGUGCGUCUUGAAUCUGUUAUUAAUUACUGUUUAAGGGAAUAUCAAAUAGAUAUGAUUGGACGAACUGAAAUCCAAUUAGCAUAUGACAGUUUUUUAGCCGCAACACAAGAAGAGGAAACUAAAGAGUUGAUUAAGUCUAUGAAAUCUGAAGAUGAAGCGCUUGCGAGAAGUCGUGAAAUCGAUACUUCUGGUCCUCUUCUUUCACCUUUACCUAAUACGAAACACACACAAACACCAAAAUGUCUUCCAGAAGAUGAUAUUAUAAUGUCACCUGCUGCAAGUCUAGGUCAAUAUGCAUACGAUGCGCUAACAGCUGGAGAACCUUUAACUGAUUACUUGAUAGCUGCAAUGAUUGUUGAAUAUCUUAAACAUCAAGAGGAUAUUGUAGGAUUUGUUAUAAUUAACUAUCCCAAUACGUAUCUUCAAGUUCAAAUACUUGAAGAAGCUUUUGUUGGUUUCGGGCCACCUGAUUUUGAAGAACUGAAUGAUAAUGACGACGAGCUUUUAGAAGAAAGCAUAUUGAAACACAGAUUAAAAGAAAUAGACGUUUACAAAGAAGUGAGGGUUUCUAAAAUAGUCAAAGAUCCACAUAAGAGACGGACUGAUGAACCUUUUGAAUCUUAUUUUACAGCCUACAUUAACCUUAAGCAGACUAGUGAUAUUUCAGAAGAAUUAGUAAUUUGGGAACUUACUCAGGAAAAUUCGGAUAUUAUAGACAGAUUCUACGCAGUCAUGGGAAUUAAUUACAGUUUAUUUUAUGAGGUGAUAGAUAGAGAUUUGAUAGCUCAAAUUUGUAAAUUUGUUAUUGGAGACUUUAGCAUCCCAAUAAAGUCAUUUGAAGAGCUAUUUGAUGAAAACAUUGUUACCCAAAUUGAAUUUCCUAAUUCUGAAGUAAAGCGUAUUAAUUCAAAAAUGGUUAAAUCUGACAUCAUCACUAGUAAAUCGAAAGAAAAAGUACGAAAAAACUCUAAACUUAGUCGAACUACAUUAGAAACAGAAUUAGAAAUAAUUAAGGCACCUCUUUCUUUUGGAGAUGUAGAACAAAAUCGUAUUAAGACAUUAGAAAGUAUGAUUGCUCAAGAAAAUAAGAGUAAGUCUUUGCAUAGCGUUGACAAAAUUAAGGUGUUACCAGGAGAAGAGGAUUGGGUCUAUGGAAUAUUGCCAAUCCCAGAUACGCUGGGAGUAGCUUUAGCGAGUUAUUGGGAGGAAUUUGAAAAGUCAUAUGUUGAUAGUAUACAACAACUGUUUUUCACGACAAGAUUACAAAUGAAUUAUGUCAUACCGUACACACGAUUUUUGAAAGACAAAAUGAUUCAAAUUGUAACACUGCCAUCGGAAAAACAAAAUUUAGUGACAGAAUUUCAAAGUAAAUACAACGAAUUCAAAAACGACUGGCGGCCGUUAAACGUAGCUAGAAAUGAAUGGCAUUGUAGAGUGAAAGAGUUGCAAAAUAAAUUAUACAAUAUCUGUGAUCAGAGAAAAGUUUUCGCACAAGAAAAGAGGCAUGCUUUAAUAUGUGAUAAUUGGACCAUUGAAGAACUUACUAUUUUAGCUAAUACAUACAUUUCUUUAAUGCAAAUGGAAUUAAACAGAUCAAUUAUGACGUUUCAAAUACUAAACGAUUUUUAUAUUACUAUGCUAAGAGGUGCACCGCCUUCUGAUAGACUUUCUUCUAAAGAUUUAACAAAGAUAUACCGAGAAACGGAAAGCUCUCAUUCUAGUAAGAAAGGUGGAGAUGAAAAAUUGUACAAACAUUUAAAAGCUGUCUUUCAAGAAUUAUUCAUAAAGAGCAUUGAAUUUGAUUUCGACAACAAUCCAUUUAAUUUUAUAAUAGAAAACAACGUAAAAUUUGCUACAAAAAUUGUGAAAGAUUUGGGCGAAUCUUUCCGAUCGCUUAUAAGUAAGGAAAAUAGUGAAAAAGCUAAAAUAACACCAACGAAGAAAAGGGAAGGAAACGGUUCCACUGAGUCUUACAAUCACGAGGAAAACUUAAAAGAAAAUGCAUUAAAAUGCUUAGAAGAAUGGCCUGUUGGUGUUAAUGGAGAAAUGUUACGUUUCAAUUUACGCAUAUUAGCGUUGCAACAUAAAUGUUACGCGGAUAUGAAGCUAUUUAGUAAUCAAGUAUUGAAAGCUUUCAUUGAAAUCCAAAACCUUAUUGAUACAUAUUACACAAAUGAGGUAUUGGCUGUGGAUAGAUUGUGUAAGUAUUUUCAUAUGGCCAUAGAAAAAGGAAGGAAAAUUCCAGAAUCAUUACUACUUGAAUAUGACACUUUAAUAAUAGACAACAAUGUUCUCCAGUUUUCUCCAUCAGUGGAAACGAUAGUUCCACAGAGUAAGUCUGAAAUUAAACGAUACUCUUAUUUUAAAACUAAUCAGUUGGCGCGUUUACGAUCACAAUUUAAACUGGUUGCUCCCACAGGCAUUAUUAUGCAUAAAGCUUUUAUUUAUUUAUUGCAAGAUUUUAUUCUUUUUGGUAAAGAAAGCAAAGAGGGUCCUCUAUUUCCUGAUGUGUGGAAAAAUAUUGAUCCUGAACAAGUCCAAAAGUUGGUGUUUUCUUUAUUCGGUGAAACAGCUUACGUGGAUUGGAGAGAAUUUUUAAUUUACUGUCUUCAGCUCAGUUUUCCGACUAUACAUGAAUUAUUGGAAGUCCGAAAAAAAUUUCGUUGCAAUGAUUUAGACUCUACAGAACUGAUCUCGAGAGAUAACUUUAUAAAAGAAGAAUUUUGGUUUGAUAAAGAUUUUGUAACUGAAGAUAAACAGGAUCUAUUAAAAUUGAAUUUGAUUAAACAUUUCUUGUUCGAAUUAUAUGAAACUGAAGAAGACAAGAUGAAUUAUUCCGCGUUUUUGUUAGCUUUUUGUAAAAAUAUAGAUCCAAUAAAAGGUUUUAUUGCUGCGUUAUCUAUGGCAGUUGGACAAGAAAUUUGUCAUUCUCUUGAUGACUGUGGUGAUAUCGUGACUUACUUGAUAAACGAAAAGAAAUAUAGAGACGAGUGUUUAGCUUGUGCCUUAAAGUGUACUGAGCAAUUCAUCAAUAAACUAAUUCAAAGAGUUAUUAGUAUAUGUGAAGGUACUACAGUUGAAGAGGUUAUGUACACGGAGUCGGUUCCCGAAGAAAAAAAAGGUAAAAAGAAAAAAUCUAAUAAAGUUAAAAAAAUUGACGGCAACCAAAGCGGACGAUCGGAUAAUUCCCAAAAACGCGGAUCUCAAUAUAAAAUGUCCCCUUCCAUUGUUGUUUCACAACUUGGAAUGAUUUGUCCGCCAUGCGAAAGACCACUUGAAAAACCUAAAGAACCGGAAAAAGAACCGGUUGUUAAGCCCCCGGUGGAAGAGCCACCAAUUCCAUACAGAGAUCCUAACAUUUGCUUGGAAGUCAGUCAAACAGUUAUUUGGAACGUUUUAAAAAUUUGUCUGCCAUGGCAUUUUAAAAUAUUACCUGAAACAACAGAAUCAAUAUAUGUUCAACAAGCCGAAGAAGUGUUGAAAUCUUUAGAAAAGGAUACAGACAAUAAAGAUGUUUAUGUUUGUAAGUUAGUUGCCGAUCCGAAAUUUUGUAAAAUGUUGCAUAAAGUAAAAAAGUUUACCGCUGUCGAUCUGUUAGAAGAAAUUAUUACUAUGAUUUAG